GAAAGUGCCAAAGUGGGAGCUACACAUGUAACGUGGAUGAAAGGUUUGCGGCGUUAACACAGACCAUAUCAAACGUUCGGAGUGGCAUAUUAUUUUCCUGUGACUUAGUUCAUCAUCAAAGAGACUUGAAAGUGAGUCCUUUAUUUAAACAUUGGAAUAGCAGGCUCCAGGGUCAUGCGGCUGCGUCUCCUUUCCCUCCUUCUUAUCGUCAAAGUGUGUCGACUCAAUACUGUCAGUCCAGACGUGUGCCCACCCCUGUCUCAUUGGAAGCUCACCAAGCCCCUGAACACGAGGGAUAGUUAUCAAGAAAACGAAUCUCUGCGCUACCAGUGUGUGGAUGGCUAUGUGAGGAAGGCGGGAACCUCCAAUCUCAUCAAGUGCAAACGGAUUGGUCAGGUUCUUCAGUGGACACUCCCAACACUGACAUGCAUACCUGACCCAUCCAUUCCAACUACGAUAGAACCUUCAACAACCCACAAGACAACUCAAUUUCCUACAACGCACCUCUCAGUGCCCACAGAGAGAGUUAGCCCAAGACCAACCACUCUCAGUUCACUUUUAUCUCAAACACUGCAUUCGGUCACAGAGACCCAAGAGGUCAUUACAACGGUUACAGUGACAACUACCAUCAUCAGUGACAUCACAUCAGUGCCAGUGGAUAAGUCCAGUGCGGUGACCUCUGUCUCCACGAAGACUGUUUCUCCAUCAGAGAGUUACUGUGUCCCCAACAGAACCCCAACCCCCAGUGAGGAUCCAGGUGGCGAUGAAAGCACUGGGAAGAGUUCUGCUACAGCCAUAUAUGCGGGUGUAGGUGGUGUGAUAGUAACCAUCUUGCUGGUUGCAGUGUUUGGAGUACUAAUGUUUUGGAGAAGGAAACGGAUGCAGCGGUUUGAUCUUUCGCCAACACCAGACGAAAUUAUGCAAAUGAAUGUUGUGACAUGAGCCACACUCCUUAGUGCCCUGACGGACAACCAGCAGCCACUUAGAAAAGACAAAGGUGCAUCAGUCUGAUGGUGGGGGAACAAUGACCUUGGAUUGGAUAAGAACUGGACCAAAAAUUACAGUGGCUUGGACCUGAGUGUCCUCGCGUGGAAAAUUAAAAUAACAAAAGCACCACCCAAAUUGAUUAAUUUAAGACAUAUUGAUUUAUUUAAUUGAUUCAUUAAUAUCCUUAAACUGGCAAAGAUUCUAACUAAUCACAACAGCCCAAAAUCCAUGGGAUUACUUUCUCACUGAAUUCACAAAAGGUGUGUGAUAAACAUGCAACUUUGGAGAACAGUGAAAGUUAGGCCCGACUAACCGGUGCCUGUAUAUAGCCUUGCUACUGUAUAUAGCCUUGCUACUGUAUAUAGCCUCGCUUCUGUAUAUAGCCUCGCUACUGUUAUUA